CCCCCUCACACCGGCAACCGAACGUUCAUUGGACGUUCAAACCGCAGGUGACCAACUGUCAGCGCGCGCACGGAGCCCACCGGCGUGUGUUCCAUAUCGUCGUUGUUGUUGUUGUCGCGCGCGGCGGCGGUUUGUGUGUGAGAUGUCUCGUGCGGGAUUGAGCUGCCCGGGCUGCGGAUCCUCCGACGUUGUGAGCGAUGAUCUGUACUGUCAGGCCCAGAUGGUGUGUGUGGACUGCGGCUCCGUGGUGUCCGAGGGAGCGCUGACCCACGAACCGUUCGGAGGUCCAGAAAUCAGCUACAGCCGAACCACAGCCGUGGCCAAAAGGCCGUGUCUAAACCUGAUAAAAGGUCUGCAGCGUGUGACUGCCAUAUGUCGGAUUCUCAGGGUCAACAAAGAGAUCGAGGAUCUCUCACAGACUUAUUUCAAUCAGGCCUAUCAGCACAGAAGUUUCAUCAAAGUGACCUUCCAGAAGAAAGAAGUUCUCGCUGGGUGCUGUGUGCUCGUAAGCUGCAGACUGCUCAAUUGGCCCCUCACCACGGGAACCAUCAGCUGCCUGCUGGAUGCCGACCCGAUGGUGGUGGGAGCGGUUUAUAAAGAAAUGGUCAAGAUUCUCAACAUCACAGCUCCGAUCGUCAACGUGGCGGAUGUAGUGGAGGCCCACAGUCAGGAGUACAAAAUUAGCUCCCUUCAUGUUCCUGAAGAAUUGGCUGAGAACUCCAAGGACUUGACCAAACGGGCCUUGGCCCUGGUGGAGCUGGCAGCAGAUACCUGGAUUGUGACUGGUCGGAAGCACAUCCCCAUCAUGAUGGCGGCGAUAUAUUUGGCUUGGCAGUCCUUGAAGCCCAACAAGCACCGCCUGAAAUUCUCUCUGGAAAAAUUCUGUCAGGUGGCCAAAGUACAUAAGCACAAACCUGCUUUGAAGAGAAUCGCUGAGAUAAAGGAGGUACUGUGUAAGCUGGGUAAGGAGAUUCCCUGGGUCACGGAAGCGGUGACACCAGAUAAUGUUGUUCAGCAGGUGGAGGAUAUUCUACAGCACAGGUACUCCCUGCUAAGGAGGGCUUUGAAAACCCACGAGGAGCAUCAGGUCAGCUGUGAGGACUCUCUAACUGAGGAGACUGCUCCCUCCCAAACCUCAGAGCUGGCAGAGCAGACACCAAAUGUAUCCGCUGUGGAGCAAUGUGAGCCGGACACUGAAAGGGCCCAGCUACCAGGGGAUGGAUGCGCAGUAUCUGAGCUGCACAGUGACAGUCAGGAGAGCCAAGAUCCAGCACCAGGCUGGGGGAAGAGAGUGCUGUUUGCUCCCCCGUGUGUGAUCCAUGCUAAGAAAAGGAGGGUGGAGCAGCCUGAGGUCAAGGAUGUGACUGGUGAUGAGGAAAUCUCCGACAGUGAAAUCGAGUCGUACAUCCGCACUCCUCGGGAAGUUCGAGAUUUUGCUCUGACACAAAAGAUAUUAGAGAUAGAGAACUCCUAACCAGUUGUGUACACAGACCAAUAUUUACUUUGUUGUUUAUAUGAGCGUAACCAAUUUUUUAAACUUUAGGCCUGUUAUUUAGUUAUUUAGUUAUUUAGGCCUGUGCUUCUUAUAAUUGUUUUUCUUGUAAUUAAAGUUAUUGGACACAUCAUAUUAUGUGCAAUCAGUCAAAAAUGCAGUUAACAAACUGAAAUAACUUUUUCAUGGAGACAUUUUGACAUGUUUCAUUAUGGAAAUCACAGGUACAAGUAAUGAAAUAAAUGAUGUCCAAGUUCCAUUUAGCUGCUUUGCUUUCAGGGUUCUGGUAUGCAUGGAGGCUCACUUUCAUGGCUCAGUGGGGCUAUUGAACAGAACUGAUCCAUUUUUAAUGUUCUCAGUAACACCGUUGCUUUUCCUACUGUGACAAAUCCAAAUGUCGGCUGAGAAAAGAGUCUUAUUUUGUCAAGCCUCUGAUGAAGCCUUCAUUGUGUUAACUGAAUAUCUACUUCUACCCAUAAGUAGUUUCAUAACACUUAAAAAAGUUUAGAAGGUAUUCCUUAUCAUUUAUAAAUUCACUAUAAACGCCAAUGUGACAUGAAUGAAUAUUGUUUGACUGAUUACACUAUUAAAGUCCAACCUUUCAGAGUAAAA